GAAUCACUUUUCCUGUCGAAGGCAUUCUCGAGCUCUAUGCAUCCUAUGAAGAUUAUCCCAUUCUUCUAUAAAGGGUACCAGACCUUCGACGAUGACGACGUGACCGUCACUACUUUGGUGACCACCAAUCGCCUCCAGGUCCUUGAAAAACUUGCUGCCCGCUACCAAGGCCCGCUGUCCGUGACUUUGCAUUUAUACCUCCAUCCAAAUGGCUCCCUCUCGUCCCUCAACUCGAGCAUUCUAUCCCUGCACUCUCUCAUUCGAUCAUCCCCAGCUCUAGCCGCUCGUGCCGACAUCCAUCUUGUGGUGUCGCCUUUCCCUCGUGCUUUCAAUACUUGGCGUAACAUCGCACGCUUCUUAGCUCGAACUUCCUACAUCCUGCUCCUGGACGUUGAUUUCGCUAUGUGUACAGCUUGGCGCGAUCCUGUCAGGGCGAUGCUGCAGUCUGGCGGUGAGAUGGCCAAGAGAAUGCGAGAAGGUAGAGCCGCACUAGUCCUGCCCGCUUUUGAGUAUGCAAGGGCGCGUGACGGGAAGGACCAAAUGUUGUUUCCUAGCGACAAGCAGGCUCUUCUCGAACAAGUCCAUUCGCACAAGAUUCUGCCUUUUCAUGCUUCCUGGGCGCAGGGUCACAACAGCACCGACUACGAUCGAUUCUACAGAACUCAACUGGGGGAAAUAUACAGGGUCGCCCGGUACCAAUCCGCAUACGAACCCUAUGUUAUAGUUCGAAAGGACGCCGGUGGCUGGUGUGACGAACGGUUCAAUGGCUAUGGUGCAAACAAGGCAGCCUGCUUAUUCGAGAUGUAUCUCUCGGGAGUGUCCUUCUACGUUCUGGGAGAUCACUUCCUUAUUCACCAGAGCCACCCAUACGAGGAGGAGGCAAGGCGCAGCGAGCGCAAGUACAAUCGCAAGAUUUACAGUGACUUCAGGGAGGAGACUUGUUUGAGGUAUAUCAUGCGAUUCCUUGAGGAGGGAGUCUUGAAUUCGACAUGCGGGUAUAAUGUUCAAGACGAAUGCAUGAAGAUCAAAGGCAUCAGCAAAUUGGUCACCCAGGUA